GCACUAUGGGCCAGGUGACCCAAAAAAUCAAUUCAGUGCACAUUUAGGUGUGCUAGUUCAAGAUACGAAACACUUUAUCAGAGUCUCAUCAACAUUGUUUGGCUCAAUUGGACCCCACACCUGUACAGUUGGCUAUACACAGCAUAUUCAAUCUCGUUUUUCAUAGCACCUUGGCCGUUCAAACACAUCUUCAGCAGAGCCAUCACACCCGCAUCUGACAAUACGUGGCGAUACCCAACACCUCCCCCAUAUCGAAAGGGUGCUACAUUCUCCAGAGCUGGCUCCAAGACUGAGAAGCAUCCACACGUCAAUUUUGUCACCUUCAGCCAUCUAGAAAUAUGGCUAUCGAUUUGGAAACACACUUGAGUGAUUUCCUGACGCAAACAUAUCCUACAGUGGAGCAGACCAUCGUCAACAAUGCGUCGGUGCUCUCCAAAAGAAAGAGGUUCUUUCUCCAAGAUCUCCGCCACUCGUUUAAGGCCGUGGGAUUCAUCCUACUUGCAAUAAUAUAUCUUCGGGACCAGGCCUUGUUGAUGCUAAUCAUACGUGGUUUGGUGCAUGUCUCUAUCUCUAACCCUUUUACCGAAUUAGACAGCAGAACACAGAUGUCAGAUGAAAAUAAGAAGGGCCUAACAAAAUUCCUUUUGACAGGGGUAUUGGUGGGAAAUGUGUGUUGCUUCUUGGUACAUGCUUACUUUGGUGUUUACACCGACAGCCCCUGGCAAGAUAAGAACCUUCAUGGGUACUAUACGGUUCAGUUUAUCGGGGAACGGUUACCUUAUUCGGUAAUCGAGCUACUCCUACUUGAUGUCCUAUUAUUUGUGGUUCAAAUAGUGUUCCAUGCAUUGAUGUGCGUGACGAAUGAUGCUAUCAUCCUUGACCAAAAGAGAGUGGAAGACAACGACAACAUAGACGAGCCGUUUUUGGAAAGCGAUGGUUACAACGGCGGAGUAUUUCUUACCACACUUGACUUGAUUCCCAAUAUUUAUCAGGUCCUAAGUUACCAGUUGCCAUAUCCUAAUGCCAUGGCAAGAACCAACCUUAGCACUAAUGGAGAAGUUGCUAGCAGGGCAGAUAGAAUACCCCAUAUACCACCAGGAGCAUUUGUUUGAAUUAAAUAAUGGACAUGAUAUGACAAGAUGGAACACACUGGAUUCCGUAACUAUUAAAAUGGAGGUGGCCUCCUAAUGGGUUAAGUUAUAUAGAUAAGUACAAGUAACUUGGUUUUUGCCGAACGCAAUAAAUAUCGACGGGAC